CAGCACCGCAGAGGAUCUACUUUCAGCUCACUCAGUCUUUGCACUGAAAGUUUUUGCGCGUCGCCGAGGGGGGAAAAACAAAAAAGGGACACCUGCCUUCCAAGUUUCCAUUUUUUUUAAAGAAAAAGAAGGUGGUGUUUUUUUUGUUGCCUGCUAAGAUGCAGAGACCAGGCGUCCAUGGGACGGCGUUUUCAAUCGACUCCCUGAUCGGGACUCCGCAGCCCAGACCGGGACACCUGCUGUACACGGGCUACCCCAUGUUCAUGCCCUACAGAUCUUUGGUUAUUCCACAAGCUUUAACCCACUCUGGUAUACCUCCUCUCGCGCCUUUGGCUUCUUUCGCGGGACGGCUCACCAACACGUUCUGUGCCAGUUUGGGACAAGGGGUGCCAUCCAUGGUGGCGCUCACCGCGACGAUGCCAAGCUUCUCGGAUCCUCCGGACAGUUUCUACCCGCCGCAGGAACUCCCCGGUCCCCGUCUGAGCGCCGCGGAUUCCGGAGCGAGGAGGCAGGAGAGUCCGCACUCCGAUGAGCGCCACAGCCGGGACAAGGGCUCCGAGAGGCUCAACUUCUCGGAAACUUUUCAAACAAUAUCAGGUGAGACCAAACUGUACAGCUCGGACGACGAGAAGCUGGACCUCAAAUCCUCCAAAGACGCCGCGUGCAGCGACCGGGAGGACAGCUCCGCGGACAGCGAGAACGAGAGCUUCUCGGACGGCAACAACUGCGGCUCGCUGUCCCAGAAGAGCAAACUAAAAACCGGGUCGCAGGACGCGCUGCCGACCAGCGGCGGCUCGGCGGGGAAGAGCCGCCGGAGACGGACAGCUUUCACCAGCGAGCAGCUGCUGGAACUUGAAAAGGAGUUUCACUGUAAAAAGUACCUUUCUCUGACUGAGCGCUCGCAGAUCGCGCACGCGCUGAAACUGAGCGAGGUGCAGGUGAAGAUCUGGUUUCAGAACCGCAGGGCCAAGUGGAAACGGAUCAAAGCCGGAAACGUCAACAACCGGAGCGGAGAGCCGGUGAGGAAUCCCAAAAUCGUGGUGCCCAUCCCGGUGCACGUCAACAGGUUCGCUGUGAGGAGUCAGCACCAACAGAUAGAGCAAGGGAGCAGGCCAUGAACUCAGAUGAAACAUCACGAAUAUGAAGAAAGAAAAAAAAACACUUAUUGACUAUCUUCCACUGAUUCGUUGAACGCAUGAAGCACAAACAAGGACUCGAUUUUUUUUUUUAAAUCAUUUUUUUCGAGAUUUGCUCGCGGACAAGAUCAAUUAUUUGGCAAUAUGCUGUGAUUUCUUUUUUAUUUAUUGCUGUAAAUAUGUAAAUAUAAAUGGGUACAAAUGGGCACUACGAGAGGAGACUGUAAAGAUUUUUUAAAAGUAUUUAUAUGUUGGGCCAAAAUGUUCUGUUGGUUAUGUGCAUGUCCUCAUUUGGUGAAGCGGAAUUUUUUGUUUUGUGUUUCGUACAAUUUGUUGGACCACAUUUGCAUGUAAGACGUUUUACUUUUGGUUUUUGGCAACUGAAGGAACCACCUUGGACGGUUAAAGAAAAGACGUGAAGGAAAUAAUGACCAAACAAAGGGACAACUGUAAAGUAUAUUGAUCUAAUAAAUCGCUUUAUACGAAAGUUGGAAUCCAGAAUGAAUUAUUACUGUUCAGAAGGCAGAACAAAUG